ACUGACAUCAGCACUGCCGCUCACUACAGCAUCGAGCAGGCUUGCCUGUCUGCGGGACCAGCCACGCCAUCCUGACGGGGGGCUUCACGGAUGUCUGGGCUCGCUUUGCGUGGUUCGGGUCGUGUGGAAGCGGACAGUUCGAGCGCAGAGGCGUCCGUGGAGAUCCGGGACUCGGUCCGGGCGGGUCGGACGGUGAGUUUGUGGCGUUGUUUGCCUGCAGACAGCAGGGCAGACUGAAGCAGGCAGGCUGUCUGAAUUUGCAGGUUUUUUUCUGUCUGCACGAGGAGGCUGCAGACAAAAAAGGCGAAGCAGCAGAUUUCCUACAGAAGAGUGCACACAGGGGCGCUCCCAGUAAAGAAGCCAAAUUCUGCACUGCAGUGGAUUUCUUCAGGUGUGUGUGUGUGUAAGUGUGUGUAAGUGUGUGUGUGUGUGUGUGUGUGUGUGUAAGUGUGUGUGUGUGUGUGUGUGUGUGUGUGUGUGUGACUGAGCAGUAGGCUAUACACUCAGUUUUCGGAUACUUUCUCAUUAACAUCGUCAGAACCUGCAGAAGCUUUUUUGGGGUGCGUGUGGAGGUCGCCCCGUCCUGGAAAUCUGUGCCACCAGACCACCCAGCCCCAGCCGCCCCCCCUCCACCUCCUCCCCUUCUUCUCCUCACAUCACAGGGACAGUGUGGUGGCUGGUUUGUCAAGCCUGUCCAUUUGGAUCUCAGACUUCCUGCAGGCCUCCAGACCAGAGAGCUGCUACAGGAUUCAGAAAGUGGAUUUCUUUUAUGUGAACUUCCCGGAUAUUCAAUUCAAAGCGAAGACCGGCUCACUGUUCACUCAGAUGAACUCGUAUCUUUUUGGAUAACGAGGGUUGGACCUGCUCUUCAGGGCGCUUGAAGGACUACAAAGGUGUCACAUUUCACCUCAGGGAUCAGAUUUUUAUCAUUGUGUUGACACAGCACAUCUCAGGCGCCGCUCACACCGGUUUCCCAGACUCAGUCAAAGUUUCUCCUCAGGACUUUUUGAUAUUUUUCCAAGACGUUCUUUGUAGUUUUAAGUCUCAGGCAAAACCUAACCAACAUAUGAACCCCCGUCGCCAUGGCUUCUGACAGCUUCCAGUACAGGGCGCUCUUUGAGUACAAGCGUGAGCGCGGCGACGACAUCAGCCUCCAGCUGGGCGACCUCCUCGUCGUCACCAAGGCCUCGCUGAUGGCCAGGCCGGGCGUGGACUACCAGGACGGGGACGAGCGGAGCCCCAAAGGCUGGCUGCACGGCACCAACGAGAGGACCAAGGAGACCGGAGACUUCCCGGGGACUUUUGUGGAGUACGUCGGCGCAGUGAGAGUCGGCCCACCUGCGGCCAAAUCCUGGACCAGGCCCGUGCCGCCGACCCCCGGGGGGACGCAGGACGCCGUGGGGCUUCAGCCUCCUGGAGCAGCUGCUGCUUCAGGCGUGGAGGCGGAGCUUCUGUCUGACGCGGCCCCUGUGGUUGUCUGGAGGCUCAUCGAGGCCAUCGAGAAGCACGCUGUAAACUGUGACACUCUGUAUCGAGCUCCUCCGGCCUCCAGCGGACCUCCAGAGCUGAGGCAGUCUCUGGACUCAGAUCCGUUCUCUGUAGACCUGGACCAGUAUGAUGUGGUUUCUCUGACCGACGCUCUCAGGGGUUUCCUGCAGGACCUUCCAGCCCCCAUCAUCCCUGCAAGCGUCUACAGCGAGCUGGUCUACACCGCUCAAGAGAGUCAGAGUGUGGAGGAGUGUGGAGACAGGCUGAAGCAGAUCCUGGAGUCUCCCAGCGUCCCUCAGGCCAACCACCAGCUCCUGGUCCACCUCAGCACACACCUGGCCCGGGUCAGCCAGCAAACCCAGGCGGCCCCCCGGCUCCUGGGUCAGGCCUUCAGCGAGGUCGUCUUCCAGCACUCUGCUGUCAGUGCGGAUGUUAACCCGGAGCAUCACGUCAGGAUCUUGGAGGCUCUGAUCACAGCAGGAGGUCUCACGGAGAUGCAGGCUGCACCAGCUCUUCCUCCAAAGCCAGCGAAGCCCCAGCAGCCCUCGUCAGUCGGGACUGGAGGGGGCAGCAGCAACGGAGCGAAAGAUGGAGGAGCGGGAGGUUCACUGCAGGAGGCCGAGUGGUACUGGGGCGACAUAUCCAGGGAGGAGGUGAACGAUAAGCUCAGAGACAUGCCCGACGGGACCUUCCUGGUUCGGGACGCUUCCACCAAGAUGCAGGGCGACUACACGCUCACACUGAGGAAAGGGGGCAACAACAAGCUGAUAAAGAUUUACCAUCGGGACGGGAAGUACGGGUUCUCGGACCCGCUGACGUUCGGCUCGGUGGUGGAGCUCAUCAGCCACUACAGACACGAGUCUCUGGCUCAGUACAACACCAAGCUGGACGUCAAACUCAUGUACCCCAUCUCCCGCUUCCAGCAGGACCAGCUUGUAAAGGAGGACAACAUCGAUGCUGUGGGGAAGAAGCUGCAGGAAUACCACAAUCAGUACCAGGAGAAGAGCAAAGAGUACGACCGGCUGUAUGAGGAGUACACCAAGACGUCUCAGGAGAUCCAGAUGAAGCGGACGGCCAUCGAAGCCUUCAACGAGACCAUCAAGAUCUUCGAGGAGCAGUGCCACACGCAGGAGCGCUACAGCAAGGACUACAUCGAGCGCUUCCGGCGCGAGGGCAACGACAAGGAGAUCGAGCGCAUCAUGAUGAACUACGAGAAGCUCAAGUCUCGGCUCGGGGAGAUCCACGACAGCAAGGUGCGGCUGGAGCAGGACCUGAAGACGCAAGCCAUGGACAACCGCGAGACGGACAAGAAGAUGAACAGCCUGAAGCCCGACCUCAUACAGCUGCGCAAGAUCAGGGACCAGUACCUAGUCUGGCUCAAUCACAAAGGAGUUCGACAGAAACGAAUUAACGACUGGCUGGGAAUCAAGAACGAGAACACUGACGAAGGAUACUUUGUCACCGAGGAGGACGAGAACUUGCCUCACUACGACGAGAAGAGCUGGUUCGUCGGCGACCUGAACAGGACGCAGUCGGAGGAGCUGCUCAUCGGGAAGCCGGAUGGAGCGUUCCUCAUCAGAGAGAGCAGCAAAAAGGGCUGCUACGCCUGCUCUGUAGUUGUCGAAGGCGAGGUGAAGCACUGCGUCAUCUACAGCACGCCGCGCGGCUUCGGCUUCGCGGAGCCCUACAACCUGUACAGCAGCCUGAAGGACCUGGUGCUCCACUACCACCAGGCCUCCCUGGUGCAGCACAACGACUCGCUCAACGUGCGCCUCGCAUACCCCGUCUACGCACAGAUGCCCUCCGGACGCAGAUGAACCCCAACCCCGCUCGACCACACGCCCCCCCCCACACAGACAGCAAGCCAACGCCCGCUUUAAAGGGGGAAGGGAAGACGGGGAGAGGGAAGGAAGGAGAGGAGAGGAGAGGGGGUUGGUUGAAGUACAGAAAAAAAAAAAACAACCCCGACACCAGACCCCGUAAAAGAUAGAAAUGAAACACUUGCUGCAACACACACGUCAGCCACCUUGGAGUUAUAUAUUUUUACAAGAACAUUUUUCGGAGGGCAUUCUUUCUAAAGACUGCUUGAUUUGCACAAGGAAGUUUUAAAUGUUUGUGAAUGUGAAAAAAAAACAAAAAAAAAAAGACUGAAGGAAGAAAGGAAAGGAAACGGGAGUAGGAGACUUCAGAGUUUCAGGUUGACCCCCGCUGCUACCUAAACUCCAGCUCAGACUUUUUACCAGAAA